AUGAACCCACAAAAGUCUCGAGGGAGCCAGUCCCGUCCACAUAACAAUGAAUUCUGCACACAGCGGUGUCUCCUAGGCCUACAGCAGGGUGGAGACUUGGAUUCUCGUUGUCCCAACUUCGAGCUCCACCGGUCUGGGGCGCAUGGCCACCAACACCCAAUCAGUGCGCAAGACCUGGUGCUGAUGCUCAAACAGCAGCUUGAUCAGGACCUUGAUCAGGACUGCACUCCAAUGGGAAAAUGUGGGGGAUACGGGGCGCCGUUCAAAGUCACCUGUGCGGCAUAUGGUUACACGGUUGUUGGUAAAGGAACAACAUCGCGACUCUGGAAAGAAGUUUCACAGGAGGCUGAAAUCUACCAUGUUCUUCAGCGUGUACAGGGAUCAGCAGUUCCGGUCUUUCUUGGAAAGAUUGAUUUGGCACAGAUUUACUUCCUACAUGGUGCUGGAGAGAUUCGCCACAUGCUCCUCAUGGGCUGGGGUGGAGAGAGUGUUGUCCAUACCAAGCAAGAUAAGAGUAUCCGAUCUGCCAUCUCACAGUCCAAGGGGGAAAUCCGCUCCCUUGGCGUGUUGCAUGGGGACCUUCGGCCAGAAAACAUUUUGUGGAAUAGAGAGCUGAAACGGGCUCUGAUAAUUGACUUCCAUCGAUGCACUCUAUCUAAUCAACCGAAGCACAGACGAUCCCGACCUCUCAAAAGACAAUUGUGUGGGCAUGAAGAACAGGAAUCAAAACAUAUACGGUUGGUCUAA